AUGACUGUAUUUGAUGUAGCAGCCAAUGAUGAAAUUCGUCAGCUUUUCAUUCGACCCAAAUGUGGAUCAAAGCGAUUCUGUAACGAUGAUGAUAGCACUAAUCAAAAAAAACUUUUCACAGUCAUCCACGGCGAUCAAAAAGGCAGCGAGAAUAAGAAGCAUGAUGAUGAUAAGGAUGAUGAUAAUGGUGAUGAUGAUGAUGAUGAUGAUGAUGAUGAUUCACCAUCGAAAAAGUGGGUUGAUUUAGUGGCAGAUGAAAAUUACAUUAGAGGAUUACAAAUAAGUCAAGCAGUUGGAGAAACUCUAUUUGGCUCGUCAUUGGCUCGAUCAAUUACGUUUGUUAUGUUCAAUCAUUUACUCGGUGAUCAGUUCAGGCAUUUUGAAAAUGAGGCAUCCGUAAGAGAUUUUCUACUACGUCUUAUUGAUAUGCAUGUGACCCGUAAUGAUCCCGAAUAUGACAAAACAUGUGAACUAGUAAGCGAGUUUGCCCGAAAAAAACGGAUUGAGCCAUUGCUACGUCUUUAUACCCUUGAAACGUCCUUGUAUCGUCAACUGCACUAUGAAUCAGAUGCAUGGCUCCUUCCACUGGUCUGCCACUUUACCAAGCUAAAACCACGAUUCUUUCGAGGAACAUCCUAUCGUGGCUUAUCGAUGAAAUCUCAAGAAUUGAGAGCCUACCGAUUGGCAUGUGGAAAAUCAUCGUGUGUCCUUCGAACAAACACAUUUUGUUCAACAUCCACUGAUCGUCAUGUUGCCGAAGAACUUUCAAAUGAAUGCUUCAAUAGUGAUCUGAUCCAUGUUCUGAUGAUCUUUGAAUUUCCCCAACCAUGCCAUUCGACUAUUCGACUCUACGCUAUUUCCGACAAAUAUCCAAGUUUAUCCAAUUUUGAAGAUGAGCAAGUCUUAUUGUUACCGCAGACAUUAUUCCAUGUUAAGCGUAUCGAGAACGAUGGAAAACAGUGCCACACAACGAUUUGGCUAGAGCACGUGCCACCCGAACAGCAUCCAUUUCAAGCUUACAUACGAUGUAUCGCUAGAGAUAUUCGAAAACAAUGA